AUGCCAUCAGCAAUAGCAAACAAGCGUGUCAGAGGCAUCUCCAUCUACCGACCAUUUGUCUUCGGCAGUGUCGCACACCCCUUCGACCCAGAGAACAAGCCAGCAGAUUGCCCACCCGACCACACGCACCGCUGGCAAAUCUUCGUCCGCGGAGUCAACGGCGAAGACAUCUCCUACUGGCUAAAGAAAGUCCAGUUCAAGCUACACGAGACAUACGCUCAGAAUGUCCGCACAAUUGAGCAGCCUCCCUUCGAAGUCUCUGAAACCGGUUGGGGUGAAUUCGAAAUCCAACUCAAGCUGUUCUUCGCCCCCGAGUCGGGGGAGAAGGCCCAGACCCUGUGGCACAGCCUGAAGCUACACCCGUACGGACCCGAUGCGGAGGGCAUGAAAGAGCGCCGCGAGACAGUCGUCAGCCAGAACUAUGAGGAGAUCAUCUUCAAUGAGCCUGUCGAGGCGUUCUACGAGAUACUUACCGGUGGCCCUGGUGGUGGACAGCCUUCGAAGAGCAAAGGGAAGAAUGCCAGACAGAUUGCGACAGCUGAUAUCCCUAUGAGUGAUACCCCCGGCAAUCCUUACAGUCGCACGACUGAGAACAAGGAGCUUCAUCGGAUGGCCGAGGCGACCCAGACAGUCGAGCAGAUGAUCAAGGAAGAGAAGGAGCGCCUGGUUGAGAGAGAAAAGUUGCUGGCUGAAUUGCGAGAGAGCGAGGGCGUGCCUGCCAACACGAAGAAGAGGUGA